CGGGCCUUGGACGCCCCCAGCCCAGCACCGAACAACCGCGGCAGCAGCGGAAGGGUCUCUGUUCCUGCCUCAUCAUGUCACGACGAAGCCAGCGCCUUUCUCGCUACUCCCAGGGCGACGAUGACGGCAGCAGCAGCAGCGGGGGGAGCUCGGUGACAGGGAGCCAGGGCAGCGUGUUUAAGGACAGCCCACUCAGGACCCUGAAGAGGAAGUCCAGCAGCACAAAGCGCCUCUCCCCAGCGCCCCCGCUGGGUCCGUCCUCCGAUGGACACACCUCCUACUACAGCGAGUCCAUGGUCAGGGAGUCCUACAUCGGCAGCCCCCGGGCCGUGUCCCUGGCCCGGAGCGCCAUCCUGGACAGCCAGCUGCACAGCGACCCCUACUGGAGUGAGGACCUGCGGGUGAGGAGGAGAAGAGGUACAGGCGGCACGGAGAGCAGCACGCUCAACGGCCUCCCGGAGAACAAGGUGUCCGAGGACUUCCUCGGGUCCUCCUCGGGCUACUCCUCCGAAGAUGACUAUAUAGGGUACUCCGAGUUGGACCAGCGGAGCUCAGGCUCGCGGCUCAGGAAGGCUGUCUCUGGGGCGGGCUCGUUUGUGUGGAUGGUGGUCACUUCUCCAGGUUGGCUCUUCAGGCUCCUCUACUGGUGGGUGGGCUCGACCUGGUACCGCCUGACAACAGCCGCCUCCCUCCUGGACGUCUUCGUCUUAACCAGACGCUUCUCAUCCCUGAAGGCGUUCCUGUGGUUCCUCCUGCUGCUGCUGCUGCUGACUGGCCUGACCUACGGCGCCUGGUAUUUCUACCCCUUCGGGCUGCAGAGCCUCCACCCCGCCGUGCUGGCCUGGUGGGCCUCCAAGGGCAGCGCUGGGCCGCAGGGGGUGUGGGAAGCCAGAGACCCCUCCCCACAGCUCCAGGCUGAGCAGCGCAUUCUGUCCCGGGUGCACUCCCUGGAGCGGCGUCUGGAAGCUCUUGCCGCCGAGUUUUCCUCCAGCUGGCAGAAGGAGGCCAUGCGGCUGGAGCGCCUGGAGCUGCAGCAAGGGGGCGCUGGCGAGGGUGGCCGCGGCCUGGGCCAGGAGGACACCCUGGCCCUCCUGGAGGGACUGGUGAGCCGCCGCGAGGCUGCCCUGAAGGAGGACUUCCGCAGGGACACGGCCGCCCGGAUCCAGGAAGAGCUGGUCGCCCUGAGGGCAGAAUUCCAACAGGACUCAGAAGCCCUCCUCAAGAAGAUCGCCCAGUCCUCGCAGGACUCUGAGGCUCGGCUCCUGCAGCUGAAGUCCGAGUGGCAAAGGAUGACCCAGGAAGCGUUCCGGGAGAAAGCUGAGGCAGAGCUGGGGCGGCUGGAGGCGCAGCUGGCGGGCCUGCGGCAGGAGCUGGCCGGCCUGACCCUGAAGCAGAGCUCGGUGGCCGACCAGGUGGACCUGCUGCCGCAGCAGAUCCAGGCCCUGCGGGACGACGUGGAGUCUCAGUUCCCUGCCUGGGUCAGUCAGUUCCUUCUCCGAGGUGGGGGGGCACGCUCUGGGCUCCUUCAGCGAGAAGAGAUAGAAGCUCGGCUGCGGGAGCUGGAGAGCAAGAUCCUCGCCCACGUGGCCGAGGUGCAGGGCAAGUCGGCAAAGGAGGCCACAGCCAGCCUCGGGCAGGCGCUGCAGAAGGAAGGUGUGAUCGGGGUGACGGAGGAGGUGAGGACCCCCGCAGCUCGGCUGCUCGUCUGGCCUCCCGCCUGCCGGUGGCCGGUGCCCGGCUGCCCCUCCAGCUGCCCCUCCAGCUGCCCUCUCCUCUCAGGCGCCAGCGUUGUCAGCACCCGGUGUUCCGAGACCUAUGAGACCAAGACGGCCCUCCUCAGCCUCUUCGGCAUCCCCCUGUGGUACCACUCCCAGUCACCCCGAGUCAUCCUCCAGCCAGACGUGCACCCAGGGAACUGCUGGGCCUUCCAGGGGCCCCAGGGCUUCGCCGUGGUCCGCCUGUCCGCCCGCAUCCGCCCCACGGCGGCCACCUUAGAGCACGUGCCCAAGUCCCUGUCACCCAACAGCACCAUCUCCAGCGCCCCCAAGGACUUUGCCAUCUACGGGUUUGACGAGGACCUGCAGCAGGAGGGGACACUGCUUGGCCAGUUCACCUACGACCAGGACGGGGAGCCCAUCCAGACGUUUUACUUCCAGGACCCACAGAUGGCCACGUACCAGGUGGUGGAGCUGAGGAUCCUGACCAACUGGGGCCACCCGGAGUACACCUGCAUCUACCGCUUCAGGGUACACGGGGAGCCGGCCCACUAGCCGCCCCCCGUGCCGCCAGCGGGUCCAGCCUCGCAGCAGGUGCCGCCCUCUCCGGAGGGUGGGCAGCGCCCUGGCCACGCCGCCACACGCUUGCUCUGCUCAUCCAGGCGCGAGUGAGCUGCCCGCCCACUCUGCGGACAGGCCGGCCCCCGCCAGUGGCAGGCGCCGCGUCUGUCUGCGUCUGUCUCCUCGCGCCAGGCACCGCCUUUACUUCCCAUCAGGGGGUGUAAAUAUGUAGCAUACUGGGCUGAGGCAGGGUGGCCAGUUCCUGCAAAGGCUGUGAGAGCCAGCUGCCCACACGAGGUGGAGGAGCGACCCGUGGGAGGCGCCAGGGUGUGGCAGGCGAGCCCGCACCUACCGGAAGGCCCCUGGGGAGGAGGGUGCACGGGGCGGAGCCCGCCAGCAGGAAGCUCCAGGCAGGGGGAGCGGCUCCUCCAGCAGACGGGUGCCCCCACUAAGGCGGUUCCUGAAGAGCCGCCAUACACUGUAUUUGUUUGUCCGGGCUCGAGGGGACCUCUGUGCUCCCUGUACCCGAGGGUCUGGCCCCUGAGGGUCCCUGUCUGUAUGGCUGGGGGACCAGGGGUGCAGCCCUGAAUGAGCCCCUCCUGCUGGGGGACCAGGGCGAAUGUUCUUUCCUGACACUGGGACGGAGGCGCACACUGCUCCCCACUCUCGCUAGAACCUGCCUGUCCCCGAAGCACAGUCACAUUCCCGGGGGUGCAGGCAGCCCACCCCCUCCAUGACGGCGUCACCUGGCACCAGCUCAGAGGGUGGGGGAGCCCGGAGCUCUCCCGCUGUCCAGCGGGAGGCCUGGCUGCACUGCGGGGUGGCCCCAUCCGCCAGCCCACCGACGCAAGCGGGCCUCACCCUCGGCCUCUCUGCUCUUGCUUGGACUCUCUCCUUCUGGCUCAUCUGUGGGGACGGCUGGGCAGGGGCUGGGGGAGGGGGCGGGAGGGGCAGGGCAGGGCUCUUGGAUCCAGCAGGUUCUCCUGCAUUAUGUACAUAUUUUUCAAGGUCUGUUUUUUAACUGAUAAGCUACAGGCUUAACUCCUAGCCCCGUUCUGUGGGGCACUGGGUUAUAUUGGAGGGGGCUUGGGGGGAAGGUUCCAGCCACAUGGCUGGUUCUGGCCCGGGGGAGGGGAGGGCAGGGCUGGGCUAGAGUGAGGGCCAGGCCGGCAGGGAGGUGUCCACCCGCCUCCCACCUCCGCCCCCAGACAACCAGCUUUGCCCCAUGCUCUCCUGUCACAAAUGCUGCACUGUCGGUUCUUAGUUUUUUACCUCCAGAUUCUAAUUUAUGCCUAUGCAAAAAAUAAAUUAUGUCCGGGA